UGGUUUGUUUUCUUUUUGAUAUAGGGUCUCGAGCGUUCUCCAACCCUUCAAGUGCUGUGAUUAGGACAUGAGGAAAUUACACUUUUGUUUGUGUUCAAAAAAUUAAUUUUAUUUGUUUUGUUUCUUUUUCAAAACAGGAUCUCUAUGUAGUUCUAGCUGUCUUGGUAUUAAAGGCUUGUGCCAACAUGCCAUUACACUCUUGAUUUAUAGUUCAGCUUUUAACUAUCAGAGUGAAGCAGGGGACAGCAACCUGAUGACUUAUUUGAUAAUUCUAAGAGAGCACUUCACUGUCCAAUGAUUAUGGCUACCAGAUUAAACAAAUAGGUUGUUCAGUUCAACUCAGAAAAACAAGUUCUUAGCAUAAGCAAGCUCAAAAUGUAGAUGAAGUAUACUUGCAUGAAAAGGUGUUCACUUUAAUUGAAAUUCAAAUUUAAUUAUAUAUCUUGUUAUUUGCUGAACCUGACAACUUUAACAUUAUUUUAACAAGAAGCUAUGAGCCUCGCCUAAGUUCAAGCUGCUUGAUAAGCCUCAAUUCACUCGGUUGCUUCAGAUAGGAAGGAAAACCUAUUAUCCUUACAAACUAUUUAGCUUAGUUGUAGGUAACAACAAAGACCAAAGAAUCUUGACCCUUUGAGGAACCGGUAACUGAUUGCCACAAUUUCUGCUUUGAUUGAUUUCCUCCCUCCUCCAUUCUUCUCUUCCAGCCACCAGAAAGAAUUGUUUGAUCACUUCUUCCUUCUGAAGUCCCGCCCUUUCGGCUACCCCCAAUGGAGAAUAAGCUGUUACUGAAAAGGAGCGGACAAAAGCGUCAACGUGGAGGCGAGAGGAGCGGAAGUAGUCAGAUUUCGCAUAGGGCCGUAAAGCGGAUAGUGUUUUCGCCUUCCGGAUUAACGACAGCAGCUCAGACUGUCAGUGCCGGCCUUCCUUGUGCCGGACCCUUCCUAAUUCAAUUUCCUUCCCAUUCCGGGCCCUUCCCUAUCGUCGCCCCUUUCACCUUGGAUCAUGUUCAAGAAAUUUGAUGAAAAAGAAAAUGUGUCCAACUGCAUCCAGUUGAAAACCUCGGUUAUUAAGGGUAUUAAAAAUCAAUUGCUAGAGCAAUUUCCAGGUAUUGAACCAUGGCUUAAUCAAAUCAUGCCUAAGAAAGAUCCUGUGAAAAUUGUCCGAUGCCAUGAACACAUAGAAAUCCUUACAGUAAAUGGAGAGUUACUGUUUUUUAGACAAAGAGAAGGGCCUUUUUAUCCAACCUUAAGAUUACUUCAUAAAUAUCCUUUUAUCUUGCCACAUCAGCAGGUUGAUAAAGGAGCCAUCAAAUUUGUACUCAGUGGAGCAAAUAUCAUGUGUCCCGGCUUAACGUCUCCUGGAGCUAAGCUUUAUCCUGCUGCAGUAGAUACUAUUGUUGCAAUCAUGGCAGAAGGAAAACAACAUGCUUUAUGUGUGGGCGUCAUGAAGAUGUCUGCAGAAGAUAUUGAGAAAGUCAACAAAGGAAUUGGCAUUGAAAAUAUCCAUUAUCUAAAUGAUGGGCUGUGGCAUAUGAAGACAUAUAAAUGAGCUUCCAAAGGAAUGUGCUUGGGCUAACUAUAGAUACUGUGCUGUAUCUGUCUCUGUGUCUGUAUGACAGCAUGAAGACAAUGCCUCUAUGGUUAUGCUGAAUAAAAAUUCUGUGAAUGCUAAAA